AUGUCUGACUCAAUUGCCCCACAUAGAAGGGUCGAAGCGCAAAGUGUCCUUGCAUCUACUCUUGUGGACGAUGUGGUGAAAGCAGGGCCAUCGAAGACCAUUUUUCAAUCCGAGAAGCAGCACAAAAGUCUCCUCGGUCUCAAUGUUGCAACCCCGAACAGUCAUGCAGGUACUGAUGCUGCCUUUGCCGCAAAGAUUCAGCUGCUGAAUCAGGCCUUGUUGGAUAUUGGGAUGGGAAAGUACCAAUGGUUGAUCUUCUUAAUGACGGGCAUGGGGUGGUUUCUUGUCAGUUUUUGGAUCAUGUCAUUCAUAAUCAUUGCUCCAUCCGCUGGCAACGAGGCCCAAUUCUUCUUCGCCGGCAAUAACACCGACUACCUCUUCGUGAGCUUGUUUGUCGGCCUCACCGUCGGAGGCACAGUCUGGCCUUUGAUGUCUGAUACCCUCGGUCGGAAGCAGAUGUUUACAAGUACCGUCUUAUUGAUGGGUAUAGGUGGAUUGGUCGGGGCGGGCAUGCCCUCAUUCACGGGACUUUGCGUGGUGGGAGCUGUUGUUGGUUUCGCCGUUGCGGGAAAUCAAGCUGUUGAUGUGAUGACUCUCCUUGAGUCCAUACCAGCGUCACACCAGUUCUUGGUUGCCUUGCAGGGGGUUUUCUGGGGCUUGGGCCAAUUGGUUGCCUCUGCCGUUGGAUGGGCAUUCAUUGCUUUAUAUACAUGCGGCACUGGUCCCGAUGAGUGCAUCAUCAUCCAGCAGCAGCAACUCUUCCUGCCACUACGUCAGCAACAAGGGAUGGCGCUACGUAUGGUGGACCUUCGGAUGCAUCACUUUGUUCCUGUAUCUUUGUCGUUCGUCCUGUCCUUUUAUGAGACUCCGAAGUUUCUCCCUGCACGUCGUCGCGAUGCAGAAGCGACACAGCUUGUUAAGGAUAUUGCCCUCUACAACGGACGACAGACUUGGUUAACCGAAGCGUCCUUUACGCGAGUCGAUUCCACGAUUGAGGCAUCAGAAGAGGAAUUGCGCACCAAGUUCCGACUUCAAUCCCUGCUCGCCUCUUUGGGAAUUAUUGGUAUGGUCAGUCUUGUCCUUCUCUGGAUCGCCAUGGGUCUCAAUUUUAUCCUUUACCAAACCUACAUCAGCAAUUAUCUGGCUGUGCAUGGCGUUGGCAAGGUCAAUGCGACUACUGUGACGAGAGGCUACCUAUACAGUCGCUAUUUAUACACCGCUCUCUGCGCAAUUCCGGGUCCAAUCGUGGCUUCAUUCCUGGUCGAGGCGAAGGGUGUUGGCCGGAAGCGUACAGGAGCUGGAAUUGCCGUUUUGACAGGACUGUUCAUGCUGGUCUCCGCAGCUUCCAGGUCACGUAACGCUGCACUGGCUUUUGAGUGUAUAGUGAGCUUCUUGCAUUAUGCUGGUCUCGCGACACUUACGCUCUAUACCGUGGAGAUUGUUCCAACUCCAACGCGAGGAUUCAGCCUCGGCGUCAUGGGGUUCUUUUGGGGUCUAUUUGGACUGAUUGGGCAUAUUAUUACUACCUUUGAGAGUACGAUAAUAUCCAACGGGGCCCCUGUUUGGUUCUCUGGGGCCCUUUGGAUUGUGCUGGUGUGUGCUUGGCUAGGCUUGCCGAUGGAGACGCAGGCAAGAGCUGCUGCGUAG